AUGGGGUCUGAACCAUGUGGUGAACCAGAUGCAAGUACAUCAGAGCCAUUGCAUCUUAAGAGGAAAAAUGUUGCAAAUGUACUAAGCUCUCCAUCACAUGAUCCUAAUAUUUCAGCAGAUGAAGACGAGGAGACAUCUCCACUAGACCAUGAAACUGCAACAUUAAGUUCUGAACUAUUUGCGCGGCUAGGAAGGAGAAUUUUGCCAAAGAAUAAUGUUUUAUCCAACUUUGAGCCUGCAAAUGAGCUGGGGACUGAAAAUGACAAUGGAAGUGACAGAACUCAGACAAACAAUGGCAGUGUUCCAUUAUCAGAGGCAGGAAGAAAUCAAGAAUUUAAUCUUGAAGAUGGUUCUCUAUGGCUAUUCUCAAAUUUACUUCAAAAGGAUUUGCCUGCUGAUGAGCCCUUUUUGCUUGGCAAUGAUGGUCGUAUCGAGAUCAAUGGGAGUUGGGACAAGCAAUCAUCAUACUUUCAGAGUAGAAAAAGCAUUGUGAAUCAUCUGAAUCAAUUGCUACCUGCUGAUGUGCAAUCCCUGGAGAAGGCCCUUCUUAUUCUCAGUCAGGAGGUUAACAAGCUAGAGGGUAUGAGAAAGGCACUUUCUAUAUUUUCACAAUCAAUUGAGGCUGAUCCAAAAUCUGAAAUUCUGUGGAUAAGUUACCUUCUUAUUUACUAUGGCAGCAUCAAAUCAAUUGCGAAUGAGGACAUGUUCUCCCAUGUGGUCAAACACAAUGACAGGUCCUAUGGACUUCGGCUUAUGUAUAUCAACAGUCAUAUGCAUCUUGAUGAUCGGUUAGCUGCCUAUGUUGCCGCCCUCACAGCACUCUGCCGCCAAUCAUUUGCUUGUGAAAGGGUUGAAAUGAAUGCUAGCACAUGCUUUUUAGACUUGUUUUUGUAG